AUGGCUCAAGCAACAGCUGUUCAGAGUGGAUACCUCAAGAAUGAGAAACAGGUAAUAGUGACGGAUGGUAGAAUUGGUGUUGUUGCUUGUAUGUGGCAAAGCUGUAAAAAGGAUUUCCAGAAACCAAAUCAUGAAGUGGACCUCGAUACAUUUAGUAGAAGUCUAGGGAAGUGGAAGCAACUAAAACUUCAGCAAAUUUGUUUUGAAACUGGAAAAUCUAUCCACACCACUUCUAAAAACAGAGUUAAUCAUAGGGCUUGCUUGCUGAAUCACUUAACUUGGAAACCCAAAGCCACAAGAUCCAGAAUCUCUCCUGUCCUUGCCACCGAGUCCUACUAUUGCCUGAAGCAAAUCAUUAGUAAUCUUCCUAAAGAGCCACGUGCAGGUCUUGCACAUACAUGUUUCGAUGUAGACAAUGGUACAUCAUCGGGACGAAGUCCCUUGGAUCCCAUGACAAGCCCUGGAUCAGGGCUAAUUCUUCAGGCAAAUUUUGUCCACAGUCAACGCAGGGAGUCUUUCCUUUACCGGUCAGACAGUGACUAUGACCUUUCUCCAAAGUCCAUGUCCAGGAACUCCUCCAUUGCAAGUGAUAUACAUGGAGAUGAUUUGAUCGUGACGCCAUUUGCUCAGGUGCUGGCCAGCCUGCGUACUGUACGGAAUAACUUUGCUGCAUUAACCAAUUUACAAGAUCGGGCACCCAGCAAACGAUCACCAAUGUGUAACCAACCAUCUAUUAACAAAGCAACUAUAACAG